UUCAGAAAAACCAUGCAACCGUUAACAAUUACCCUACGUGAGCACCAAAUAAAUUAUAGGUGGGAAUACCCAGCCAAACUGCUAGUUCACCAUCAUGACUCUCUCCACGCCAUUAUGACCAUGGAUGAAGGGCUGGGCAAGCUACGCGAAUGGAACAUCCCGACUCCUACUGUUAAACAACACAAGCCAACAACAUUUCCGAGAAUUUCUCUAGAAUGGUCCACUACAUGA